AUCGCAUUCUCCCGGGGUUCUGUAGUCCUGUUGUCGUCCUCUCUCGUUGAUUCUAACGGCGGCUCAGUCUCCCAGCUAAGACCGAACAGAGCAGCUCCUAUCGUCAGAGGCGAUUCAGCGGAGACCGACGGGAGAAGGAAGGAACCGAGAUCACACGCCGCGAGAGAUAGAAGAUGGAUGACGACGAAGGGAGCAGCAGCAGGGUGGAGACCGCGAAGGCGGACAGAUCGGUGUGGCUGAUGAAGUGCCCGGUGGUUGUGGCCAAGUCGUGGCAGUCCCACCCGCCCUCCGACCCCACCCCCGUCGCCAAGGUCGUCCUCUCCCUCGACCCCCUCCGCCCCCCCGACGACCCGUCCGCUCUCCAGUUUACGAUGGAGAUGGCGGGGGCAGAGCCCGGGCAUGUUCCGAAUAGUUAUUCAUUGAACAUGUCGAAAGACUUCGUUCCGAUGUGUAUUUUCUCGGAGACGAGCCAAGGUAAGGUUGCAGCGGAGGGGAAGGUGGAGCAUAAAUUUGAUAUGAAGCCUCACAGUGAUAACAUCGAGGAGUAUGGCAGAUUGUGCCGUGAAAGAACUAGCAAAUCAAUGGUUAAGAAUCGACAGAUACAGGUAAUUGAUAAUGACCGAGGAGUGCACAUGAGACCCAUGCCUGGAAUGCUGGGUAUAAUAUCAUCAACUACUAAGCAGGACAAGAAGAAAACACAGCCUGUGAAGCAAUCAGACAUGAAACGUACCAGAAGAGACAGAGGGGAAUUAGAGGAUAUAAUGUUCAAGCUCUUCGAGAGACAACCUAAUUGGGCCUUAAAGCAGCUUGUUCAGGAGACUGAUCAGCCUGCGCAAUUCGUGAAGGAGAUACUGAAUGACCUCUGCGUGUACAAUAAGAGGGGAGCGAACCAAGGAACCUACGAGCUUAAGCCCGAGUAUAAGAAGUCCGUCGAGGAUACUGGUGCUGAAUAGUGUUGGGGGAGCAUACUCAUUUGUUGGUCAAAUGAAGAAAAAUCCUAAUACCCCUUCUUCAGCGUUUGUAUCAUUAAUAUUAGGAAGUGCAAACUUACCUGGAGAGUUACCUUGGGGAGCCAUUAUGCUUUUGCAUUUAUGAAUUUUACAUACACAGUUGAGUGGAAAAUCAUAAUUUGCCGAGCUUCCUUCCCAUUUUCAAGGUUGCCUUGAGUA